AUGGUGUCUGCACCUACAGCUGGUGGCUCCGCUGCCAACGGCACAGGAAGCGGGAAUGCGAGCUCGCGAGGCUCUCCAGCCGUCGGCUCGUCGAACACCGCCUCGGCCAAAUCAAAGGCCACCCAGGUCAACUCCAACGGCUACCACCCGACGAACCCUCAGGUUCCCCUCAGUUCGAUGCGAAGCACUCCUCUAGAACUCACUUCGGUCGAACGACGGGGUCAACCGACUGCGACCAAGGAGCCGGCCAAAAAGAAGUCGCGCCCGCAUGGUCUUGAGGAUGCGCCUACAUACUGUCCCACUGAGGAGGAGUGGAAGGACCCGAUGGAGUACAUCAAGAAAAUCUCUCCAGAAGCCAGGAACUACGGAUUGUGCAAGAUCAUCCCGCCCGACUCCUGGAACCCGGAAUUUGCGAUUGAUACAGAGAGAUUCCAUUUCAGAACCCGUAAACAGGAGUUGAACUCGGUCGAAGGAAGCACCCGAGCAAACAUUUCGUACCUGGACGCGUUGGCCAAGUUCCACAAGCAGCAGGGCAGUAACCUGCAUCGUCUUCCAUAUGUGGACAAGAAGCCUCUCGACUUGUACCGUCUGAAGAAGGCCGUCGAGGCCCGCGGCGGCUUCGACAAGGUCUGCAAGCUGAAGAAGUGGGCCGAGAUUGGUCGUGAUUUAGGAUACAGCGGCAAGAUAAUGUCCUCACUGUCCACCUCAUUGAAGAACUCAUAUCAGCGAUGGCUCUGCCCAUACGAGGAGUAUCUGAGACUCGCCAAGCCGGGAGUGCACCAGCAGCUCGAGUUCGAGAAUGGCGGACCCUACACACCCAGCCCGGCAGUCACUCCGAUGAAGCGAUCCAACGUCAACACGCCAUCCAGUGCCCGAGGCGAUUCACCUGCCCGCCACGCAUCGGAUGCCCGAGGCGACUCACCUGCCCGCCACGCAUCGGAUGCCCUUCAAGCAAGCAUCAACGGCCUCAAAAAGGAGGCCGAUCGAGAUACCCCCAUGGCCGACGCACCUCCGACGCCCGCACCCGCGCCUGCACCCGUCACCUCGGGCUUCAAGGCCAUCAACACAGGUGGCUUCACCGCGGUCAAUUCUGGGUUUAAGAGUGUCAACCGGCCUACGCCUCAGGUUCAACAGGAUGAGGUGGCUAGCACUCCGCCUCCAAAGUCAUUCAGUCCAGUCAACUCGGCAAAGAACACACCCGACUAUCGGCCUUCAAAUUUGGGCCCAGCAGCCCUCAAACGACAAAUCAGUUGUGAAAGCCUCGAUCUGGCAAAGAAGGAUUCUGGGACAGACAAGGACGACGGAGAUGCUGGAAAUAGCAGACGCAGCAAGCGUCUGAAGAAAGAUACUGUACCUACCGUGGCGGGAUCUCACAUGUCUCUGUUCCGUCCUUCCGUGCCCAGAAUCCCCCGAGAUGAGGCCUUGGCUCCUGGCGAGAAGUGUGAGCAGUGCGGCAAGGCGGAAGAAGCCGGUGCCCUGUUCGUCUGCGAGUCUUGCGACCACGCAUACCAUGGCACCUGCCUCGAUCCUCCCCCUAAGCACAAGCCCGACUCCGAAUGGAACUGCCCGAGAUGCCUGGUUGGCGAUGGACAGUACGGAUUCGAGGAAGGCGGCCUGUACUCUUUGAAACAAUUCCAGCAAAAGGCGGCCGACUUCAAGCAGGGCUAUUUCGAAAAGAAGAUGCCCUUUGACCCCGUUCUCAACUGCCAUCGUCCAGUCACCGAAGAAGACGUUGAGACUGAGUUCUGGCGUCUCGUAGCCGACAUUGAAGAGACUGUGGAGGUCGAGUAUGGGGCCGACAUUCAUUGCACGACUCACGGCUCCGGCUUUCCAACUGUCGAGAGACACCCCAACAACACUUACUCGACUGACCCCUGGAACCUCAAUCUGCUGCCUCUCCACCCUGAAAGCCUGUUCAGGCACAUCAAGUCUGACAUCUCGGGCAUGACUGUCCCGUGGGUAUAUGUCGGCAUGAUCUUUUCGACUUUCUGCUGGCACAACGAAGACCAUUAUGCCUACUCUGCCAACUACCAGCACUUUGGGGCAACCAAAACCUGGUACGGAAUUCCGGGCGAGGACGCCGAAAAGUUUGAAGCCGCAAUGCGCGAAGCCGUUCCUGAGCUAUUUGAGACUCAGCCUGACCUUUUGUUUCAGCUGGUCACCCUGUUGACACCAGAGCAGCUGAAAAAGGCCGGCGUGAGGGUUUACGCACUCGAUCAGCGCGCGGGUCAGUUCGUCAUCACCUUUCCCCAGGCUUAUCACGCCGGCUUCAACCAUGGUUUCAACUUUAACGAGGCUGUCAACUUUGCUCCUUGUGACUGGGAACCUUUCGGACUCGGAGGUGUGGAGAGGUUGCAGGUUUUCAGAAGACAGCCCUGCUUCUCGCACGACGAGUUGUUGUGGACAGCCGCCGAAGGUACGACAAACAGUGGUUUGACGAUUCAGACAGCCAAAUGGCUCGCGCCCGCCCUCGAACGGAUCAAGAAACGAGAGUUGGCACAUCGAACCGAGUUUGUGGCAAAGCACCUCGAGCCACAGCUGCACGAUUGUGCGUUGGCUGGCAAAGAAGACCAUUCCUGCCCUCUGAAGUUUGAAAUUGACGAUACGGACGUGCCCGAAGAGGAGUAUCAAUGCUCGUAUUGCAAAGCCUUUACGUACCUCUCUAGAUUCAAGUGCCUCAAGUCGGGCAAAAUUCUUUGCCUAGCACACGCGGGUUAUCAGCCAUGCUGCGAGUCAACCGAACACCAGCGCUUCCACGGUGAAGGACAUGCUGUAAUCUACAGACAGUCAGAGGAGGACAUUGAAGCAACAUACGGCAAGGUCCUCGAAAAGGCGCGUACGCCAGAGGCCUGGGAAGAGAAGUACGAGAAGCUUCUGGAAGAAGAGGCCACGCCUUCUCUUAAGACUCUUCGGAAUCUCCUACACGAGGGUGAGAAAAUACCCCAUGACCUACCCUCGCUCCCUUUGCUUCGGGAAUUCGUCGAUCGGUGCAACGAGUGGGUGGAGGAGGCCACCAACUACACGAUCCGGAAGCAGCAAAACAGGCGCAAGAGCGAAAAGUCCAUUCACAACCGGAAGAACUCGCUGGACCAAAAGGAACGCGAUGCGCGCCAUGUUUCCAACGUGUACCGCCUUAUCAAUGAGGCGGAGCAAAUAGGAUUUGACUGCCCUGAGAUCACCCAGCUGAGGGAGCGGGUCGAGGCCAUCGAGGCCUUCCGAAAGAAUGCAGCUAAAGCGCUGGAACAGAUCCACCUCGCCGAGCUCUCCGAAAUCGAAGACCUACUUGAGGAGGGCCGGACUUUCAACGUCGACACGCCAGAAGUCGACCGACUCUCGCGAGUGCUUGAACAGCUCAAGUGGGGCGAGAAGGCUCGUAACAACCGAAGCAGCCUCAUGUCACUGAAUGAAGUGCGUGAGCUCAUCGAAGAGGGAAAGCGAUUGGACAUUGCUCCAUACAACGAUCAUCUCGUCUACUACAUUGAACAGAUGACUGCUGGCCAACAAUGGGAGAAGAAGGCCAGGGAGUUGAUUAUUGCAGAGGUCAUCCAUUACCCACAGCUGGAGGCCUUAUCGGUGCAGGUCCAGGCAAAUUUCCUGCCGGUUACGGCGGAAACCCUGAAUGCUGUCGAUCAAAUUCUCUACAAGCAGAGGGAGGCACACCGUCAGAUCAUGGACUUGACUGAAAGAUCACGAGACCCGGACAUCCGCAAUCGACCCAAGUAUGCCGAGGUGGCUGAGAUCAUGCGCCGACUCGACGAGCUGAAUUCGAAACCUAAUGGGACUUUGGACCUCGAGCGGGAGCAGAAGCGCCACGAAGACUGGAUGCGAGAGGGUAAGAAGCUAUUUGGCAAAACCAACGCACCACUUCACAUUCUGAAGAGCCAUAUGGAUUACGUCUUGGAACGCAACCAAGACUGCUUCGAUAUCGUCAACGAUAAGCCUCGCAUGCCUGCCGAACCCGCGUCAAGGGAAGCCAGUCCUGACCAAAAGGUGCACCGCUGGGAGGACCCUCGGUUCCGCGAAGUGUUUUGCAUUUGCCGAAAGGUGGAGGCCGGCAUGAUGAUUGAGUGCGAGCUCUGUCACGAAUGGUACCACGGUAAAUGUCUCAAGAUUGCUCGCGGCAAGGUCAAGGAUGAAGACAAGUACACGUGCCCCAUUUGCGAUUGGCGAGUCAAGAUUCCGCGAGACGCAGCGCGACCCAAGAUCGAGGAGCUCAUUGCUUGGUCGGACAAGAUCCCUAGCCUUCCAUUCCAGCCCGAGGAGGAGGAGGUCCUGACCAAGAUCAUCGACAAUGCCCAGGACUUCAGAAACCAUAUUACCGGCUACUGCAAUCCUGUGGUAUCCACCGAGUCUGAGGCCGACACCCAACGAUUUUACUUGCGGAAGAUCGAAGGCGCUGAAAUCCUCCUUGCCUACGAAACCAACUUCUUUAGGCAAGAGUUGCACAAGUGGUGCCCUGUUGCGCCAAUGGCACCGCCGGUUCUUGAGGUCUCCAAGAGCACUCGCAAGCCGCGCCCGACCAAGCUUCAGAAGCUUCUGGCGCAAUUUGGCGUGGAUGAUGCGGAAGACCUCCCAGAGAACAUGAAGGCCAAGGCUGCCAGCUUGAAGCGGAAGGCUCAGAAUGCCGAGGCAGCCGCGGUCGCGGCCGCGACAGCGGCUGCUACUUCUGCGUCUGGCGCAACUGUGCUGCCACCUGGUCUUCAACAUGGUCACAGUCGCAAGUCGGAACAAUCAUCAGCAACGCCUCCUUCUACCUCUCACGGCAACAUGGGCCGUCAAUCCAUUGGAAGCAAUCACGAUCCCAUGGACAUUGACAUUGGCCCGACACUUCAUCCAGGCCUCUUCAUGUCUAAUGGUGCACCGGGUCCUCAACUUGUUGUUGGCAACUCUUCGAUGUCUCUCGAGGAACGUCUUCUCCGAGGCGAAGAAGAUGGGCUUAAUUUGCACACUGAAGCUGGGAAGAAUGAGGCUCUUACGAUCCUGGGUCGGACAGAUGAAGGCCGUAAGAGGGCCGUAGAGAUGUUUGGUCCCGACGUGUUCAAGGGCGAUGUUGGCAUCUUGAACGGCAGGGAUGUUGCUCCCCAUUCACAAGAAGAUGUGCGAGCAGUGAAUAAGAUGUUCGACGACCUCACGAACCAAGACGAUGACGAUUUCAAGAGGAAGCAAGAGACCUUUGAUGGCCCCAUCACAGCGGAGAGCCUUGAAAGUGAGCGAAACGGCAUGGAUGCAUUGCUCGACGGCGACUAG